UUAUCAAAAUAUUGUGUCGGAGAAAUUUAAUUUUUGUUGUUUUCAAUGUAGAAACGAUAAAGAGAAAAGUAAAUAAUUUAGUAAUUUCAUUAUAAUGGAGGACGAAAUAGACGAAUGUAUUAGAAAAAGAAUUCAAUGGCCACAGUUACCAACUACUGUAAAAAAGGUGUUGGGUGAUUCUCCUAAAGAAUAUGAGAGAUACAUAUUUGAGUUUAGUGUUAAAAAUCAACUGCGUUACAGAGGCAGUCUUGUACGCACAGUCCGGAAAGAUGAAAGGAAGUACUAUGAGGUACUUGUUCAGAAUAGUAUACAGAGGCUCAUGCUCUACCCAUAUCACUUAGCGGACAUGAUUGUUAAAGGAUUACGAAUAACUCCAUUUAUAUAUUAUCUAGAAGUGGUUGCUUUGCUUAUAGAAAUGGAGAAAAGCUAUGACACAAUGCCCAAUUUUACUGCUGCUGAUUGUCUGCGACUGUUGGGAAUUGGACGCAAUGAGUACUUAGAAUUAGUUGCCAAGGCUCGUUCUUUGGGAAGACGAGGUCGCUCCAAGGCGAUCCGCAGUCUUUUACCUCGAGUGCCACUUAAUAUACCAAUGCUGCCAUGGUGGAGAGUGGAACUGGGUUAUGUACUGGAGGAAGAUGUGAAGCCUCUAAGUGGAAGUGAAAAGGCUCUCAUUGACCUUCUGAUAGACCGAGGAUCACAAACAGCUGGCACAUUGGACUACAAUGUAGUCAAAACUCUGUACAGACGUGGUUUAAUAUACUUGGACGUGCCGAUCACGUCAGCAGACAAAGUGUCAGUGCCGCCACUGAAAGGUUUCGUGAUGAACCGCAUCGCAGGAGAUUACUUCGAGACGCUUCUAUACAAGGUGUUUGUGUCCAUAGACGAGCAUACCAGCGUCGCGGAACUAGCGGCUGUAUUACAGGUGGACAGUGAAUUAGUGAAGCAGGCGGUAUCCCUGUACUGCAGGUUGGGUUUCGCCAACAACCUGAACCCUCCACCCGUCACGCCCCAUCAUAUCUCAUGGAAGGAUGCCGUCACCACACAUAAACAUCAACCGUAUAGACAAAUAGCGCCGUUAACGUUUGACCAAACAAUGGAUGAAGACGCGCUUCAAAUGGAGCCGGUGUUGAUAAAAGAUACACCAUCGACUUCUAAACAGAGUUCCCAAGACCUUAUUGAUGCUGGUUCAAGUAACAGUGGUCAGCGCGUAGCUGUUCUCUUUGAUUCAACUCUUGCUGCUUAUUUAAUGAUGGGGAAUUUGUCACCGGACCUAAAAAGUCAUGCAGUAACACUGUUUGAAGUUGGAAAGUUGUGUGAUGAAAGUCUAGAUAGCCUGCUCAUGGAAUUAGACAAGGUGGCGGCGGACCCAGAGAUAGAGGGCGAGGCGCGGCGCUACCUGGCGGCGGCGGCGUGCCUGCGCACCGCGCUGCGCACGCUGCGGCCGCGCCUGCGCCCGCUGGACCUGCUGCGCUGCGAGGCGCUGCACGCGCUCGGACACGCCGCCAGGGCGCGCCUGCUCUCCACUAAAUAUAGGCUAGCGAUAUCAACAGCGCCCCUGUCCCGCGAGGCGCGCGCGGGCGCGGCGGCGGGCGCGCUGCCGCACGUCGGCCCCGCGCCGCCCGAGGCCGCUUCCCCCUGGAUGCGUCUCUACCUCUACCACGUCGCAGGGUACGGACCGCCCACCCUGCUGCUCACUAAAGGCACAGUGCUGCGCAGCGUGCCGCGUCCGUUGCUGGGGUAUGCCCGGCUCUCGGUUACCUGGUGGAAUGCGGAAGGCGAGCCUGCUCCUCUACCAGCAGCCGCUGCCCUCGCAGCCGCUAACUCGGCCCUGCGCCGCGCGCCCGUGCUGUUGCAAGCCGCCGCUGUUAGACACCACCCUACUGUCAGACAUGUCGCCUUCCCAAUUGUUGAGGAUGAGUGUCAGUCGAUAUGGCGGACGCACACGGGGCUGCGGCGGCUGGCGCGCCGGCUGCGGCUGUCGCGCGCUGCGGGCUACGUCGCGCUCGCCGACACCGGCGUGCCCGACCUCGGCUGCGCGCACCCGCCGCACACAGUGCAGCUAGUUCCACAGCGAAAGAAGAAAGAAGGUUGCGGAAUCGCUAAACCUAUAAGCGAAGUAUCGUUGUCUUCCAAUGAAUCCGUGGAGAAAUCUACUGAAUAUACGAAACCGGUUAACAGUCGAUUGCAGUCACCUAUAGAGUCACACUUCGCUGUCACACCCACCACAGAUAGUAAGACAAGUUCUCCCGCCAAUGGCUUUACUAGUGUAGAAGGUGGAAAGUUACUCUGCGAGGAACUCGAUAAUCUAAACAUCGACAAUUUCGUCCAUCGGAGCAAAGAAUCGAUUUCUACUAGCGAUGAUUUCGUACCCAUUCACUCAUCUUCAACGAGCAUCGAAGAAUUAAAGAAACAUUCCAAGGAUAAAUCGAUUAGUAAAGAAUCGAUUUCCUUUUCUGACGAAUUGGUCCCGAUACAUUCCUCUUCGGCCAGUGUUGAAAAUUUGAAAUUCGAAUCGAAGAAGAAGGAAGAAGAUAAGAGUACGAAUGAGUUGAAUGAUUUAAUGAGUCCGGCGGAAGAAUCGAUAUCGAUGUUCACGCAGUUAUCUGACAAAUUGACAGAGAUGACGGAAGGUGACAGCGGAGUUGACACAGCACAUAACUUCUCUGACGAAGAGACGUGUAAACCAGAAAAAUGGACAAUUUUGGAUCUACAGUUCGGGAUACCUUUGUUUGAUGAGACGUUGUGCGAAAAAGUAUGUCAAAGUAUAGUGGACAGAAUAGCAAGGCCGGAAGUAUUAGACAAGAUCAAGGAAGACAAUGAAUACAUCAGAGCUGAUGUUCUAAAAUUCGUGUCCCAGUGUCAGUAUUAUCCGGGUGAAGAUAUGGGUAUAGUGAAACGUGGUUCCUUAGUUCCUUUGCCGAGGAAGAAUUUGGUGUUUGAGAACGGCAGGAUUAGUGAGUGGAACGGAAAGUGAUCCAACCCACUGAAUGGAUAUUAUAGCAAUAUGAAUAUCAUAGCAACAUGGAUAUCAUGGCAACAUGGAUAUCAUAGUAAUAUGGAUAUCAUAGUAAUAUGGAUAUCAUAGUAAUAUGGAUAUCAUAAUAAUAUGGAUAUCAUAGUAAUAUGGAUAUCAUAGCAACAUGGAUAUCAUAGUAAUAUGGAUAUCACAGUCUACUUAUAGUGGUUGCCUUAGAGCUUGUAGUUCAAAUGUAGUUGUAAGGAUCAUUAGCAGUUAUUGACUAUUGCUGUGAGUUUCCAUAGAUAAAGUAUUCGAACAACAUAUAGUUGUUUCACUCUAUUCAGAGGGAAAGAAAGAGACAACAAUAUUGUUUUGGUAGUGAUUUUGAAUGAAUGGUUAUUAUUUCAAGAUGCUAUAAAAAUGGCUAACAUUCAAUUUUAUAAAAUUGUAUAUUUGUAUGUAAUUAUCACAUUAUUUAUUUUAUAAAUGUUUAUUUAGAUGUUGUAAAUUAUUUAUUUAAUUUGACCUAAAAUUGAUAGAAUGGUUUAUUCAUUUUAAGUAUUUGACAUAAUAGAAAGCGAUUAUUUUUUUUAAUGUUACGUAUUUUUUAUAAACCGAAGGUUUCGGAUUCAGUUAAUUGAAAUUCUUAACACAGAAUAAAUUAGACCCAAGUCUGUGCACCCUAUGUUACUUUGUAUUACAAUUUAAACAUCCCUGUAUUUAUAGGCUACAUAUUAUUCUGUACUUUUGUACAUAAAACGUCCAAACUUUUAAAUCAUAAGUUAAACAUUUAUGGUUUCUAGUCGGGAGUGUAUAUGUUAUUUUUAUCUAUUCUGUUUUCUGUUUGAGUAAAAAAACUUCAAAAGGGAUAACGGAUUAUUACUAGUAAAUGAAGUUACUUAAAUAUUAUGUAUUGCUGAAAUAAUAAUAAUAAAAAUCUGUUACUUUCA